AUGACCUGGAAAUUCGAUGGAAGCGCCUUCGUAACAAAAGUCGAUAGCAGACAUCCACCUCCUCUGCUAUACUUCGUCGCACUUGAAGGUCUACUAGGUGCUGUCAAAGAAAUGUUGGCGAUAGAUCCCACGGGCGUCAACAUUCUUGGAGGUCUACAUGGCAACGCUCUUGGGGCCGCUUCAUUCCGUGGUCAUCAAGAUGUCGUGCAGCUUCUUCUAGGUCAUGGGGCAUUUGCGAACGCACAGGGUGGCGAAUAUGGCACUGCCCUUGUGGCCGCGGCAUCUGCAGGUCACGAAUAUGUCGUAAAGACCCUUUUAGAAGCGGGAGCAGACGAAAGCUUAGCCCCUGAUGGCGACGAUGUCCUGGUCUGUGCUGUUUGCGCGGGCCAUGAGAACGUAGUCAGGAUACUUCUCGACAAGGGAACCAAAGUCACACAACGUGCCUUGGAGUCUGCCUCCGAGUAUCACCUUCCUAGAGUCAAUGACGCACUGCUUAGGAAGAUACCAGCUGAAGAUGCGGUCGAGUUUUGCAGUAAUGCACUUCUCUCAGCUUCUAAACAAGGGGAAUAUGAUAUUGCUCGGGCCCUCAUAGAUAAAGGCGCCUGCUUUACUAAAGAAGACCGCAUGCAUAGGACUGCACUUCUCCUCGCAGCAGAAAACGGCCAUGAAAAACUCUUCGAACUACUCAUCCAGCGAGGUGCAUAUUGCGACGGGGUUGACUACGAGAUCCACCCCCUCUAUGCCGCAUCCACGCACGGAAUGCCCGUCAAGACAAUGCAGUCAUUUCCCCUGGAACAGAUUGACGAAGAAGUCGUGCGCAGAAGCCUGGUUAGCGCAUCGCAGAUUGGCCACUACGAUUCCGUCAAGAUGAUUCUUGAAAGAUGCAUUAUUCCUCACCAGGUCGAUUUACGGGCAAAGUUUCUCUUCGUUCCGUUCACAAUUGCAGUGCUAACGCAGAAUGGAAAUAUUGCGAGUUGGCAGCUUGCAUACAAGGCGAAUCUGAUGACUGAAUGGACUGAUAAACAGAUGUGGGCUAUAGAGUUUCUUCUUCAGCAUGGUGCAGAUGUCAAUUCAGGGGGAAAUACGGAUGAGCUUCCUAUCGAUGCGGCCGUGAAAGGUGGGCAUCAUCGCAUUGCAAUGUUGCUCGUGGCGAACGGCGCGAAGAGGACGCAGACGUUUCAGGACUUCUGGCUUUCAAGAGUGGAGCAACGACGACAACGAAAAGAAAAGCGAGAACAAAGAAAACAGAGGGAAAUGAAGAGGUUAGAGAAGCUGAUGCAGGAAGAGGAGCUAUUCCGAGAACGAAGAAAACAGAGGAGGGCGAAGACGUUAGAGAAGCUGAUGCUGGGGUAA